AUUCACCUGCGUCCUCAAAAUCCGCACUGCGCUCAGAGGUCUUAGCAUUUUUCAGCCCGUCUACUCCGCACCAGAAUUCUUCACUCACUCCGCGCAUAGCUAUUGUGGAAGCUGCGAAGCCGCAAACGAAAACACUCACCGUCACACUUGAAAACGGUAACUUUGGCACAUCCGGCGGGCCAGACGGUACCGGUGCAUCUGAACCUUCAUCGUCUUUCGACGGUGUUGGGAGCUGUGGUGGUUAUUACCGUCUUGAUCGUCUGGACAGUGUGAUCAAUCCUACUGUGACGGCCAAACUUGACCGAAUGGCUCAACAACUUGGUUUUCACGUGCCCAGUAAGUCACAUCCGGUCGACCAGAAUGGGCAAUUACCAGACUGGGACGAAAUCCAUUUGGAAGACAACCUGUCUACACCCAGUGUACCUGGAGAGGUGGAUGUCACUGUGAAUCACAACUAUCAUCAGGUUCUUCCGCCAUCUGUAUCUCGCAAACGCUCAAUGUUUUCCAAUUUCGCUAAGCGGUUUUCCAUCCCUCGUCACAAAACAGCAGGAACGCCAAAUUUGGUUUCGCAAACUGGGGAUUCUCUGUCCAAAGACAGUCCUGCCACACCACCAUCGAAGAUAAAAAGGGGCUCCUCAAGGCCUCGUAGACUUCGGCGGUGGUUGAGUCGUCAUUUCUGGAGAACAAAGCCUAAUCAGGCCUGUAUAAAAAAGUCCGAAGAACCCUUUGCUAGUGCUGAGGCGAUUCUAGAAGGAAGCAAUAUCCCUUCUUCUUCAGACGGUCUUGGAGAAGCCGACUUCAAAUCAGACACAGAGUUGGACGAUGACUCCCGACCGCUUCGCCGGUCUCAAGUCAGAACUAGUUUAUUAGAUCCUGAGCAAGCUCGACAUUGUGCUUCUUUGGAAGAGCUCGGAGACCAUUCCCCCGUCCAUGUGCCGGGUCAUCCACUUAUUCCUUCGUCAGCUCGCCUUGCGGCUAUCAGGCUAGAUUCACGUAACGAUCAACCGCUGGAUCAUUCGUCCCCUCAUUCACAGCACGGUCUGAUCCAAAAGGCAGCGCGCCCGCCCUCAACUCUGCGACUGAAAGAGUCCACACCUCCGUGUGCUUUAAACCGAAAGAACAGUCUGCAUUCUGCCGGUGAGCGAAUCAAAGGUCACGUACACUUCGCCUCAAGUAACGUCAACGCUGGUGAAGUAUUCCGACCAGGUGCUCGGGUUUCUUCCUUGUCUGCUGCGAAAUUGUUCGACCAGCAGAGGUUUGUAAUCAACCAGUCCGACUCGUCAAGCACUGCCCAAUAUACACCAAGCUACCUCAGCAUUUCCGUUGCAGCAUUCGGGUACUCGGGCUAUAAGCGGCAGUCGCUGUCUUCCAACAAUCUCACCACUCCCGGUUUCCCUAUAGCUAACACUUCCCCGCCAAUGUCUGCUGCUCCUGGGACGAAUACAGUGAGUUCCUCAAAACCCAGUCCUUGGCUUCCGAAAGAACAACCUGUAUCUAUCGGUAAUAACAACGUAGUUAUACUGCAAGCACGAAAGCCCAGCCGUGUAUCGACUACGGCGGGGCGCGACGAAACAGUCCUACCUAAUGAUCCUUCAGAUUCCGGUACUGGAUCUUCCACAAAGGCUGUUACAGUUGGCACCUCCAACCUACUACUGCAAGCGCGAUCAACCCCUCGGAUGGCAACCCGGUUCUCUAAAGAAGAGUCGCUUACUGUUUCCACUGGUCAAAGCGUCAUUCCAUGUAAUGGAACAGGCACUCAUAACAAAUAUGACCCUAAUGUUUUGCGGACGACAUCACCUUCGCCCUGUCCUUCAUCUGCAGAAGGAACGCCGAGUGCAGUGCGUCUUCGACGAACUUCGCCCCUGAGCCCAACAGGGACCAUAGAUGACCACAAGGACAACUGGAAGCGUUCCUCGCUGAUUAUGCUAGCCGUAUCACAUGCCAGUCGUCGUUCUCGGCCCAACACAUCUUUCGAGAGACAGACCACACUCUCCUUGAUGGAAGACGAUAUUCCAACGAGCGAAGGCACCGGAUCUCUUAUCGCAGCCAAACGCUACAAGGCCGCGGUCGUCGUAGGUCAUGAAUCGGUCAUCGAAAAUGGGUCCAAAGCCAUGAAUGGAACUUCGCAUCUCACGGAGAAGGAUGAUUUCCCAACGGAGCAGAGGACUGAGGAGUCCGAGAACAAGUCUGUUGCUGCAGUACCCCAAUCCCCGAUCAUAGAUGGGCAUUACUAUUUACGACAAGCUGCUCACAGUGAAGCUGAACUGCUUACUUUGAUUGAUCGUGCUGAAUUUGACCUAUCAGACAAGGCUUUGGACGAGGAAUCUUCUGGACUACUGCGGACUGCAAUCGGAAAAGCACGUCUGCUUAUAGCCGAAAAGUUUGCACAAUUUCGUGGCCUCUGUCAGCUGAAUUUGGAAUGGAAUCAACAGACUGCACCGAGUGACCCGGAUGUCAAGCACCUGUUCACUUCUCUUGAAGAUUUGGAUGGAUUUUGGGCUAUUGUUAGAUUGCAAAUCGAUGACGUUCAUAGACUAUUUGACCAAAUCGAGAGACUUCGUUCAAAUAAUUGGAGAACACCGAACGAGGUGGAUUCGAACUCUUUGGCCUCCGGUCAGAAAAAGACUGCAAAGAAUAACACUACCAGGCACAAACAUCCUUCGGGAUCCAGCAAUGCAACACGGAAGAAAGAUAACGAAAUUGCCCGUCUAAAAGCACGAGAACGCCUAGAAACAAUCAAACGCGAGAUGCGAGCCAAACAGCAGCAGCAACAGCAAUCGGGCGCUGAUGGUGCGUAUAUCGUCGUCUGAAUCUGCCUCCGAAUCGUCCGGCGACUUUAUUCCGCGGACUAUAAAGGAUGUGCGCUACCACUUGUGCCUCAAGAGCGAGACAGAGCCAUCAUGAUGCUCCCACGUUCUUUUUUACACCAAUCAUGGUUUUCACUCGCUCUCACUACCCAUUCGCCCGCCUUGUAACCAGUGCUUUUUUUACCUCAACACUGCUUGUACAUUUCUAACUGUUUAUAACAACUAACCUAUUCGUGGAAACCCAUUCUAAGCUCCAAGUACUUCUACUGGCAACUACCAGUAAUUUCGAAAGCGUUUUUCUAAAGUGCAAACCUUCCAAACCUUUGUCUGUGCAAAGUUUCGAUCCCCUAAAUGGGCUUCAAUCAUUUUCGCUUGAUUGUCUUCCUGAUAAAAUGAGAGGUGCUGUACCGUCUUGGACAUCGAGGCAUCCGAUGUGUAAAUACAUCUUUUAUAACCUUC